GUCCCCAGAGUCAGGGUGGUAGCAGCUGUGGGGUGGACCUUGCCCACUCUCUGCGCCUGCAUCUCUGGGCUGCCCCUACCUGCCACACCCUGGUGCUGCCUGGGAAACCCUGCGAUGGGCAGAAGGAGGACCCAGGUGUCCUGGUUCCAGCCCUGUGUUUCCAUGUAGCAGGCACGGCCUGUGGCCCCCGUGUGCGGCCCCCUAUGGGGCCCUCUGUGGAUCCAUGCGGAAUCCUGCAGGUGCUGAGGAGCACUGGGAAGGGGCUCAGUGCCCACGUGGCAUCCCCCUUUCCUUGGGGAUAUUGAGUGCUCAGGCACCUCCUGGGCCACCCUAAGAGCUGGUGACACAGGGACCCCACGCCUGGGUGGGGAACAGGAGAGACAAUGUAUCUGUGAUGACAUACAGACAAACGUGAUGAAAUACACACACACAGCCCCCUCAGAAACCCAGAUAAACACGUGCAUGUAUCCUGCGUGUGUUCGCAGCUACACCCACCCCUGCUACACCCACCUCUAUGGGACACACAUGUGACUUUCGAAGACAUCCUUAUAGGGGAAAGAACAUGGGUUUUGAAAUAGGAAAAAAAAAAUCUUUCUUUGACAAGAAAAGUCUCUUUUCAAAGAGAACUGUAUUUUGAAUUCUCUCUGCCACCUACUGGCUAUGUGACCUUGGUUUUUUUAGGGACCUUAGCUAAAGAUUGGGGUUGGGGGGACCCUAGUAUUCCAACAGGGAGUGAAGGGAGGGCGUUGGGCUGAACCGAGACACCCCCCCCCACCCCGCCUGCUUGCUCAGCCUGCUUCUGCUGGGGCCCCUUUCAUGGAGCGGUUCCAAAGCGGCAGGCAGGCCAGGCUGCUCAUGACGGCAGGGGAUGCGAAGAUUACAGACCAUCACAUAUGCCUCUUCCCUCCCCUUGUCAUUACUUCUACAAACUGUGUCCUCAUCUGCUGUAUCUCGUGUGUUGUGGAGAAUAAACAGAGUGACCCAUGGACAGCUUGGAGCAAGCACUAGGGAAGCGCGUUACCGCUCACACUCGGGACCACAUUUUCCCAGAGCCUGUUUCUCGUGCUGUCUGUCCCCAGAUGAGGGAGACAGUGCCGUGUGUUAGGUGGGAGACGGCCGGACCUGUCCCUCAGGCCUCGAACUGCCCACCGUGCUGCUGCAGAUGGAGCGGAGCCGGCGGGCCCAGGAGCAGCUCCUGUGGGAUUUGGAGCUGCUGACCGGGGCGGGGCUGGGCCUCUCCUGGCCCCCCUGGGCCCAGUUCUGCGGUCUGAGGGACCAGGCCCGGUGUGCGUGGAGCCAGUGCAGCAAGCCCCGUGGUAGGACGGAUGGGGGCUCUGAGCGGCUGACGAGUGGGAAUUCCAGGCUGUGCCCAUCGCCCCAGGCUGAGGACUCCCUGAGCCAGGACCGUCAGCUCCUGGAGGGGGGGCUGGCAGAGGACCCAUCGUCAGCCCUGGAUCUGAGUGAAGCCAGGUUUGAUGCAGACCCAAGGUGGGAGAGCCCUGGCAUACCUGCAGAAGGGCCCACAUCUGGCUCCUCACAAGAGGUGAACCUCACCACCAGCAGUAGCUUUGGAGAACCAGGAAGCUCAGAGUUCAAGGAGCUGGCCCAGAGGGAAGACGGAGAGCUAGCAGGGCCCAUGCCCCAGAGGCCCCAUCAACCACCAUCCAGAAGCCUCCAGGAGAAGAAGCUGGCUCAGGGAGCCCCAGGGCCCUCAGGCCUCCCCUCCCAGGGCCUGCCAGAACCCCAGGAUCCCCUGGAGGGGCUGGGCUGGAGCCUGGGCCAGGAGAGAGCAGAACUAAAGAAACUGCUAAGAACUGAGAUUCGUCAGAGUCAGAGAGAGGAGGCCCCUCAGGAUCAGAGAGGGAAGGCCCUCCAGGGGGAGUACAAGGAAGUUCCUCAAAGUAAGAGAGAGAAGACAAACGAGGGUCAGAGUGGGGAGGCCCCUCAGGCUCUGAGGGAAGAGGUCUCGGAAGGUCAAAGGUGUGAGAACAAAGAGGCUCCUCUAGGUCAAAGCGGAAGUCGCCUUAAGUGCCGGAGAAAGGAGGCCCUCCCGGAGCAGAGUGAGGAUUCUCCUCAGGGCCCGGAAGUGAAGAUGCUUCAGUCUUCGGAGCGCAGAGGCCGUGUCUCACAAGCCUGGGAGGUGGCUCGGGGAGAGGCACCUAUGCCGUCCCGGGAGGAAGGCGGCUCCCUGGGAAUUCCGGAGGGCUUCUCCAGGUCCCUGGGAGAACAGACGCCGCAGCCUGGGGGAAGGGAGGGCCCGGACCCGCGGGGAAGACCCACCCAGCUGAGGCAGGUUAAGACCGGUGGCCCGAGAGGAGAGAGCGCAGCGGCCGUGAGAGAGCAGGGGCCCGCCCGGGAAGGGGCGCCGGCUCCCCUUACGCCCCCGGGGCCUCCGGCCCGGCCGCCGCUCUCACGCCCAGGAGCGGUGUUGCUAGCGGCCCUACGCACUGGUGGUUCCGGGCAGCGGGAGCGCCCCGCAGCUCUCCCAGGGCACCCGGGCCUGCUGAGCGAUCCGCACUCGCUUCAGGGCCCGGGAGAAAGCCCUGGCCCCGCGGAGCAAGAGCUGGGCGGCUCCAUGGGGCUCCCGGGCGCCCUCGGGGGGCGGAGGGGAGGUGCCGAGGCCCCCAGAGCCUCGAAGACCGCGUGGCCCGAGUCCCCGAGCAGGGACAGGCGGUCGGCGGGCGUGAGCGCGGCGCAGCAGGAGACGGCUCUGCAGCGGCUGCUGGAGCUGCACAGUGAGGCCAGGCGUCGGCGGCAACAGGACCGCGAGCAGCAGCGGCUCCGGGUCUUGGAACGCCUCCGCAUCGCCAGGAACCGCCACUGCCGCGUGCACCCCUUGGGACCCCCACCGAGCCCGGCUCAGCUCCCACCACAGGCAAGACCCCUAGGAGAAGGCGGUGGGGCUGCCAAAACCCUGCCUGGGCGGGGGGCGGGGCGCGACCUAGGUCCCUUUGACUUGCGCGCACCGCGCACUUGCGAUGACCCCAGCGGAGCGGGAGGGGCCGGCCUGCCCGGGUGCUGCCCUCUGCUGGCCGCAUCGAGCCCCGGGGCUGGGAGGCGCGGCGCUCAGCCCUCGGCCCCGCCCCAGGAGGACGCGGCCGGGCAGCGGCGCGCCCUGCGGGAGCAGCUGAAGCAGAUACAACGGGAGAGGACCGGGCGGCUGCGAGCCCUCGGGGCCAGGAACACCCAGAACUUCCAGCAGCUACUGUGGCCCCCUGGCUCUGAGGAGCCUGCGCCUGGAGAGCGUCGCUCACUCUUCCCAGCCCCCUCUGGUCACUGCUGAAUCCUCAAAGGGACGAUUAAAGAGACGGGGAUUUAAGGAAAAAGCAAGAGGGCAACCUGUAGGUCAGAGGUAGUUUCAGAAAGGCCCAGAACGCAGCCUCAGGGCCUGGGAGAGCCAGACACAGACACACAUGGCACUUUUGGCCCAGCAAGUGUGUUAUUUCUUCCUCCCUCCCCUAAGCCCACUGCCUGGCCCACGGUCAGAGGGCCAGGUCCUGGGGGUCAAGCAGUGCGAAGGCCCCAUUCUUGCGGAAGAAAGAUUCAAUGCGGCACAUCUUGCAGGAGACCAGUUCUUGCUUCACUGGGGGGCCUGGGAAAAGAUGUCAGAGGCCAGGAAUGGAUUCCUGGGAAAGGAACUCGCAGAGCCCGGGAGCCCUGCCUGCAUAACCCUAGGAAUCUGCCUGUGUUGUAUCCACUUUGUAAGUGUGAAAAAAUAAAAAGAAGUGCUUCGGAGGAGUGGGGGCUAUGG